AUUUUUUAUACGUUGCAAUAUUUUUUUAAAUAUAUCAAAUUAUAUUGCAAUAUUCUGCAAUAAAAAGACAUCUCAACAGGCAAUGUAUGUGUACUUUGUUAUGGAUGUAAUACAUAUGCUUUACAUAAAUAUUUCUGUAAAGACAACAACAUGCAAAGAUAAUUUUUAAAUGUGUAUUACAUAUCUAUAAACAGAAAUGAACAUAAUAUGCAUAUAUUAGUACGUAAUAAGAUAUUAAAAUUAACUUAAUAAUCUCACAGCUUCGAAAUAAAAUGUAUACUUACUAUUAAUCUGAAAAACACAGAGAAAUUUCCAAACUCUUCACAGGGAACGAUAAUGAAAUCGAUGCCCCUAUCUUAAUUCUGUGCUCCUCUCCAGGCACGCGGUCGUAAAAGUGACCUAACCAGCUGAUUUCGCUUCCCGUCGAGAAGCAUCAUGGGUAGUGUAGUCCAAUUGGCUGACUUCCUGAAUUGUUUCUAUGUCCCGACGAGAGAAAGCAGGUACGACUACAAUUUCCACAAUCCAUAGCGAAGAAAAUCAGUGACGCGGCAGGUAUUUGUGACUCUGACCUAAAGGGGCCAGACACUGCUUAUGAUGGUCAGAUCCGAUUACCCGCACUAAGAUCGUGUAAUCGAUCCAUUAUUUAAGAGCGAAAAAGAAAGAGCAGAGAGGAAAAAGACGCGCUUAUAAGUUCAAUGCGCCCGUUUUCGUUCCCAGCCAGCCGCGGAUCUGCGCUCACUUGCCUUUGUCACAGCAAGUUGGGACGGAGUGCUUGAUUGUUUUCGCCCGCUACGCACAGACUCACAGAGAAGAAGCCAGCGAGCUGUCGAGGAGCGACGAGGGAGUCACGACGCACCGCCGCUGUUUCACAGAGAGCCUUCGCACCGAGCUGGAAGACCUGGGCGCAGUUGAGUUUGAUCCAUCACCAUCUUGCACGUCUGCAACAUGUUACUGUCUUGAUGCAUACUAGCCAUGAAAAGCAAUUCAGAUCUGCAAGAAAUUUGUUGGCAGAAGAGUUUGGUCACUCAGCCCUUUCAUUCUACUCACGAAUCACAGCGGCAGUGAUUCUCUGGGCCUCACACGGACCUGCACACUUUUACUUCUGGAGAUAAAACUUUUCCAAGAGAAUGACAAGAAGGCACUGAAGCCCAGGAUUAACUGUGGAAGACUUUCGGGACAGCCAGGCUAAUGUUCUCUCCUGACCAAGAAAACAUUUCUGCUUCCACCAAAGUGCCCGUCAAGUUCGGAGAGCUGAUUGUGCUCGGAUACAAUGGCUCCCUCCCCAAUGGAGACCGUGGGAGACGUAAAAGCCGCUUUGCUUUAUGCAAGAGACCAAAGGCCAACGGGGUGAAGCCGAGCACAGUGCAUGUUGCCUGCACCCCUCAGGCAGCCAAGGCAAUAAGCAACAAGGACCAGCACAGUAUCUCUUACACUCUCUCUCGAGCACAGACAGUGGUGGUAGAAUACACACACGACAGCAAUACAGACAUGUUUCAGAUUGGACGGUCGACCGAGAGCCCCAUUGACUUCGUCGUGACGGACACGAUCCCUGGCAGCCAGAGUAAUUCCGACACGCAGUCCGUUCAGAGCACCAUCUCCAGGUUCGCCUGCCGGAUCAUGUGCGAGAGGAACCCCCCCUACACCGCCAGGAUCUACGCCGCCGGCUUUGACUCAUCCAAGAACAUUUUCCUCGGAGAAAAGGCCGCCAAGUGGAAGAUGUCAGACGGUCAGAUGGACGGCCUCACUACAAACGGAGUCCUUGUCAUGCACCCGCGCAACGGCUUCAGCGAGGACUCCAAGCCAGGGGUGUGGAGAGAGAUCUCUGUCUGUGGAAACGUCUUCACCCUGCGGGAGACCAGAUCGGCGCAACAGAGAGGCAAAAUGGUGGAGAACGAAACCCACGAGCUGGUGGACGGCUCGCUGGUCGACCUGUGCGGCGCCACGCUGCUGUGGCGCACGGCGGAGGGGCUGGCCCGCACGCCCACCCUCAAGCACCUGGAGGCCCUGCGGCAGGAGAUCAACGCGGCGCGGCCCCAGUGCCCCGUGGGCUUCAACACGCUGGCCUUCCCCAGCAUGAGGAGGAAGGAGGUGGUGGACGAGAAGCAGCCCUGGGUCUACCUCAGCUGCGGCCACGUCCACGGUUACCACAACUGGGGCAACAAGGAGGAGCGCGACGGCAAAGACCGGGAGUGCCCCAUGUGCCGCGCGCGGGGCCCCUACGUGCCCCUGUGGCUGGGCUGCGAGGCGGGCUUCUAUGUGGACGCCGGGCCCCCGACUCACGCCUUCAGCCCCUGUGGCCACGUGUGCUCUGAAAAGACAGUGGCCUACUGGUCCCAGAUCCCCCUCCCACACGGCACUCACACUUUCCAUGCGGCCUGCCCUUUCUGCGCACAGCAGCUGAGCGGGGAGCAAGGCUACAUUAGACUUAUAUUCCAAGGACCUGUGGACUAGGCCUCUGCCAGGACUAGUAAGGUGUCUUAUCCAGCUGAGCUUAUGAUGCAAAAUAAGCUAGUUUUGUUUUUGUUUUUUUUCCUUUUUUGAGAUUUUUGGAACUUUUUUAAGUGACCUUUCUAGUGAGUGCGGUUUCAUAUUUACGAGAACAAAAACCAGACAAAAAAAAAUCAGUUUCUAUUCAUCAUUCUGACCCCCACCACAUACAGACAUAGAACAGCUUGGGUGAAAGGUUUGCUUUUAUUUCUAGGUAAGUAAUAUCUUAUUUCUAAAGUAACACAGUUGAUGGGGUUGUAAUUGACAUUAUGUCCUUUUAUAUGUCAUUCACAGUUCUGUGUGGGGGUUUAUUCCCCUUUUCCCAAAUAUGAAAAGAACACAAAAACAGAUUUAUUUAUACUUAAUAAAAAUACCACUCUGAGAUGCAAACUAUAUUAGUUUAUAGAGAGCAAUUUACAUCCAUCUUUCUUAAUAAAUCACUAUAUUGUGUAAUAUGCUUAACUUUAAUAUUAGUAACUUUUAUAAUUUAAAUAUAAAUGUUAAUCUGUACAAAGGUAGAUUGAGUUUUGGGAUUAGCUAACAUGUAUUUGUUUUGUUACCAUCUGUUGGGGUUCCAAGAGGAUCUUUUUGAUCAUCUUAUGUUACCUGGUGAUACUUCAUAAAAUUUACACUUCAGUCAUUAGCAGUGUGCAAAUAUUUUUUCUAAGGCAUUACCAUGAAUAUAUUAACUUCAAAGCAUAAAGGUACCAGAAAGGACCUUUAUGUAAUGCCAGCUGUACAGAAAUUGAAAUUCUUUCUCGAAAAAGCCCCCGCUGACUUAAUUUCUGCCUUUCUAGUACAGCUGCAAUCAAACAGUUUCCAUUUCUGAAUGUGGCCCUUUGUGUCAGCAAUCACAAACUCAGGCCAGCUCCGUCCUAUUCCACUUUUAAAACUGUCACUGCCAAUAACCAAUUGUAUUAAAUUCACAGGGCAGAUCUGCAGGGCCCACGUAUUACUUGAAAACUCUGAUUCAUAAAAUUCGUAGCAAGAGUAAAAGACUCUGGGAUGGUUAGUGACCGUUUUAACUGUCUGUGUUAGUCAUAUGUUAGGACAAUGCUACUAUAUAUUCCAGGGGUGUGGAGUCUUGGUCCUGCAGGGUUGGUGUGUCUGCAGGUUUUCCAGCUCUCUUUAAAGCAGCAGGGCCUGAAGAGCUGGAGAAGCUAGGAAAUCAGUCCUGUUAAUUCCACCACCAGCUGUGGGUUCCAACUCUCUAAUUUUGGAAUGAAAAUCAAUUUCCAGGACCAGAGGUGGUCACACCUGAUAGAUAUAUUGAGAUAUCUUUGAAAUGACGCACAGAGCCUUUAAACAGUUUACAACACUGAAUCAUAAAAUAUUCAAAUGUAUAUUGGUUAGUGUUCACUGAAGCUGGAUUUUAUUUGGUUCCUGAGUUUUUUUUUGAAGCAUUCAAAAAAAAAAAAAGAGGGAUUUUCGGGAUUUCUGCUGUCGUGGCUACAAUGAGACUUUUCCUGAACAGGAGAAUUUUAAAUCUUGUACUGUUCAUUAAUUGGUGUUUUAUUUCCUUUUUCCAAGCUGUGUGCCUAUCGUAGAUGUCCUGUGUUUUUUUCUGUAUGUUUGCUUAAGGAGGUUGUCACCCACUGUAUGUGACAGGAGGUCUGAAAGCAGCAUUAAUCACAUCUCAGGGAGAAGCCACAGUCUGGUCACUAGUGCUCUGAAUAAGUCUGUCAUUUCAAAACAGCAAGGUUUUUAUCAGAAACCAGAUGACAGAGCUGCCUCAUCUGCAGGUUUCUGUGUUUUUUCUUUCCUUUUUUUCUUUUCUUUUUGUCUUGUCUUGAUCCAGUAUUAAAUAAUGAAAUUAAGCUAUGCUACGAACCUUUUAAAGGAACCGUGACUUGGUACAAACACAAGUAAGGGCUUUUAACUUUCAAUAUACUGUGCAUGUUCUGUCCCUAAGCAUUACUUCAAUUUCUGUUCCACUGUGCUCUGAAUUUCCCUGAUGCUUUAAGGCAAACUGUUGCAAAGUACAGUUUUGUACCAACUUUAAACAAUAAAAUUUUAACAAGUUUGAA